AGAACAUAACAUCUACAACAUCUGUGUUCGCCCAUUACCGGAUCUCCAUCGAUCGCGGUAGUUUAGCUACGAAAACACAUCAAAGAAAGAAGCCAAGGGCAUUUAGAAUCGACCUAUUCUAUCCGGUUUAACUUGUGGCAUACGCCGUACGCACGCCUUCCCCAUGGAUCUUGUCUCAGGUAUCCGUAAAACGGGGUCGCGUGGCGGAGUCAAUUUCAACUGGGAAGAUGUCACAACCUCUGCUCACCGUGAAAAUUAUCUCGGACACAGCCUGAAAGCCCCAGUCGGCCGUUGGCAAAAAGGAAGAGACCUUAACUGGUACGCUAAGGCAGAUGCGACAGAUGCGGCUUCCGACGAGACGCCAGAACAGCAAGCUGCCCGUGAGCGGAAAGAGGAGCUGAAGAAGAUCAAGGAGGCUGAAGAGGAUGCAUUGGCUCGCGCACUGGGACUUCCCGUCGCUCCACGAAACGUUACGGGGGCGAACGCCGUGGAUGUAGGUGGAUCUCGAACUCAGGACAAUCCUACGCCUGAGGCAGUAGGCUCUAAGCUAGAUGAUCGCCCAGCAUCCAAGCACCACAGGGACCCAGAAAGGCGACAUAGACGCAGGCAUCGAAGCCGCAGUCGAAGUCACAGUCGCAGCCGUAGCCGGGAUGGAGACAGGAGAGGCCACCGCCAUCGCGACCGUGAGCGAGACCGGGAUAGACGUCGCGAUGGGUCACCCCGUGGAAGAUACGAGGAUCGUCGCUCUCGCCCAGUAGAGUACAGAGACGAUAGACGCGAAUACAAUAAACAAAGGAAUCAUAGUCGCCAUAGAGACACAGACAAGUCCGAGCGGUCAUACAGAACGGGUCGACAUAGAAGUUGCAGUAUUGAAGGUGCAGAGCACAAAAGAUCUUACAGAGAACGUCAUAGAUCUAGGUCACGAGAUGCAAGAGGAGAUGGAAGUCCUCAGCGCUAUCGGAGAAAUAGCCAUGAAAGAGAUUAACUCUAACCCCAAAUUUGAUUUUGAUUCUAUUUUAUACACGGCGCCUAUUGCUGUUGCUUUUAUCGAUGUUGACAAGCUCAGAGCAAUGGGACUCAAGAGAAGUGUUAACCAGAAGCCUAUAAAGCUCUCUCUUGUUCCUGGGUUAGGGAACAAUGUGCAGAUUUAUUUCCCUCGAAACUCGCACUAAAAAAACCCUCGGAAGGGCAGGUAGUAAAAAUGCAGUAGCUUCGUAAGCUCGGAAUAUUACCUAAUUAUGUUGAUCGUGUUGGUAGCAUUCCAUUUGUUCG